GUUUCUUGCUGACUUUUCUUGUACUUUUUUUUUCAAACAGCUACCCCUCCACUGCAGAAAAGUUAAAUUUGGCAAAAUGCUUAAUUACAGUCUUUCCAUCCCUAAAUCUAAAUGUUUCAGAAGAAAACGAAGGAUAUGUAAGUAUUAAAAUAAAAUCUGUCAUAAUGCAGUUCUGCUGAAAUAUUACUAUGGGGAAAGGGUAGAUGCUUAACAAAAUACAAAUAUUUUUAUAGGAGCAUCUGUAUGACCCUCUUUCACAUAAUGGAUUCAUAGAAAUUAAGCUCCGAAAUAUGAGACGGCAUCUAGAAGAAGGUCAGCGUCGCUAUCAGCGAAAAAGGAAAGUUCCCAGUGUUUCAACAGGACCAUCAACAACUCAGGCAGAUGACCCAAAUGAAUGGUUGACUGUCAUCAAGCGAAUGAAGCCAUCAUCUGAGAACAUCACCACCAUCAGAACUGCCAUGGACAAGACUUUUAACCACCGGAGGAACUGGAUCAGCGCACAAUCCCCAGCAGUCAGUGAAAUUGCCCAACAGUACCCCCGUUUCAUCGACAUGCCAUCUCUGCUAGAUGUAGAAUUUGGAAAGAUGUUUGAGGGAAAGGGAGAGAUGUUGAUCCGAAAAUGGGAGUCAACAGUUAUGCCAAAACUGGAAAGUAUUGCUGCUUUGGAGAAAGGAAGUAUAACAUCUCUGUUACACCAAAUUACAGACUGUAAUGACAAUGAGAAGUGCUAUACCAUGCUGCGGAUCCUAACACACUUGCUUCCACCAACUUCAGGAAGAGGUGCUGUGUCAAGCCACUGCAGUGUCAAAUCUGCAAUUUCAUAUCUGCUGGACAUUGUACCGUUUGCCAUUGUUGCCAGAAAUGACAGAGUUGUAAUUCCAUUGGAAGAUGAGAGCCUAACCUGUGCCUUGGAUAAACUCUUCAAGUUUUACUGGGUCUUCAACCUUGUGUAUCCUGCCCAGCUGACAUCAGUUUUCAUCUUUCUGGAGUAUGUAUAUGACCUACCAAUGUCUAAGAUUGCAAGGCGAUCUAAAGUCUUGGAGCUCAUUAGCAAGCUUCAGGUUUUAUCUUAA